UGGCACUGGCGCGGGUCGGUCAGUCUGAGGGCGGCAGAGGUCGGGGGAACACGCUGCCUCCUCUGCUCUUGUUGUCCUCUCUCUUACUUCCUCGGGGUUAGGUGCGUUGGGUGACUUGCAGUGCUCAAUUUUGAACUCUGAAAUGGCUGAGUAUAGUUGAAAUCAGCCAUACAUUGAAAGAAAAAGGAAAGGGAAGGUAACGUGUGGAUUUUGAUAGUAAAUUCUGAAACAGGUCUACGUAACUUGCAGAAAAGGAAAGAAAUGAGAAGAUAAAUGAUCGAACAGGCGAUAAAAGUGAACAAGACCAAAAAUAAUCGUGAAGAAAAGUCUGCAAUUUAUAGUGAGCCGUAAAGUUAAAGGAAAUAUAUCUAAGUGCCGUGAUAUUCAGCAAUAAAUUAUGAAAAGAAGAGAAAAGAACUGCUGGGAUUAACGAUUUCGUGCUAACAGAGAAACGAGAGGUGUAGUGAAGCCAGCGGGAAGCCAGCGGGAAGCCAAACACGAUGCAGUGGCGACGGUAAGGCAACCAGCACCACCACCACCACCACCGCUACCGCUACCACCAUGAGGCUGUUUUUCUAUCUCACUUCGCCAGAGAGAUCGCCACUACUGCUCCUGCUCCUCUCGGCUCUUCUAGGCUGCAGUGGGGACGUGGAGGCGCUGAAGCUAGAGUCCAUCACAGUCCCCGCCCACCAGGUCACGGGGAAGCCGGUGGAGCUGGACUGCAACUACGACCUUGAAGGGGAUCCGCUGUAUUCCGUCACGUGGUACAGAGGCCAGGAUGAAUUUUACAGGUACACGCCAGGCGACAGAAACCCCGUGGACAUCUUUGAGCUACCCGGCGUGGCUGUGGAUACUUCACUGAGCGACCAGAAGAAAGUCACCUUGCGGCCGGUCAGUCUUCUCUCCUCCGGCAAGUAUCGCUGCGAGGUGUCUGCUGACGCUCCCUCCUUCCACACAGAGUCCCGGAGUGCAGAGAUGCUGGUGGUGGACCUGCCUGACCGCGUGCCCACCAUCACGGGAGGGCGCUCCAGGUACCACGUUGGGGACGAGGUGCACGUGAACUGUACCUCGCUGCGCUCCCGCCCCGCCGCCUCCCUCAUGUGGUACAUCAACGACAACCAGGCUGCCACGGAGAACCUGGUGGAGUACACGCCGAUGAAUGAUUCUGAUGGGCUGGAAACUUCUCGCCUCGGCCUGCGCUUCGUGGUGGGGCCCCGGCACUUCCCUUCAGGAGAGCUGCGCCUUAGAUGCACCGCCACCAUCGCCGCCGUGUACUGGCAGAGCUCUGAGGAGUCAGCAGAGGGGCAGCUGCAGCAGACCGGCUCAGUCCUGGAAAGUAAAGGUAUCUACGCAGGAGGAAGCAGCAGCAGCCGUCACUCGUGGGCCUCCUGCCUCCCUGUGUUCCUGGCUCUGACCUUACUUCUGCUCACCAACCUUUGCUCCCAAGCCUCCCUUCACUAGCACAAUGACCUCGCAUAGCUCAGCCUCAGGACAGGUCACAAGGGACGCCGCCGAGAGGACUAGGUGCUUCAGGCCGCGAUCCUCGAAUGCUCAACCUCCCAGUGUGACGUCAAAGGGGUUGCGGUGAUAUUCUUGCCCCAGGAGAGCCCGCCACCGUCACCGCCACUGUCAGCGCCACCGUCAGCGAGGCCCAGAAAGAGUCAGCGCUGGGUUUGACUUGAUAUUGUUGAGUUUUAUAUUAGGGUUUAUUUACUAGACCACCUACCCUCUCCUUUCAGCGCUACUUCUCCCGCACCUCUUCUUCUUCUCGUUAGUUGAGGCAAUGAAGCUUCUAUUUUAUCAGUUCCUCUCCCUCCUCCCUCCCAGUUUCUCUCACUCUCUCUCUUCUUUCCUUCCUCCAUUUCUUCCUCCUCCCAAUUGCCCCCUCCUACUACCCGUGCCUCUCCCUCUCUUUCUCUCACUUUCCUCUUUCCUCCCAUUUCGCUCACAGUCCAUCUUUCUUUCCUCACGAGUCCCUCACACACUCCCUCCCUUGCCCCCUCCUUCCCCUCCUCUCCCCUCCCCCACAUACAACAGCGGCGGGCAAAGCUGAAAUAAAUAAAAUGUUCAUAUCAGAUUUUAGUGUUCGGGUGGAAAAAAAAAGUUUGUUGUAUGAAUAUGAAUCGUAUAAUAACUAUAUUUUGAAGACUGCACUAUUUAUAUAUGUACUACUACUACUAUUAUUAUUAUUAUUAUACUACUACGUGUCACUCUUGAUUGUAGCAGCCACCAGAUAGUCCUGUUUUAUAAUAUCUCGUACGUCAUUCAACUAUCUCGAGUAACUAAUGCACUACUAUGUCUGUCUGUCUGUCUGUCUCUUCCUAACUCUAUUGACUGCUCAGAAAAAGAACGUCACUUUUUUAUGUUUGACUUGAUAAUAUACAAAGCAAUGGUGUAAUAAGUCAACAAGUCCUUUACAUACUCAAUCUCUCUGGUAUCAGUGUCUAUUGUGAAGUCUAAAUGUUCUCCAAGCAAAUUUUUGAAACAGAGAUGCCAAAGCGGUCAAAGAGUUAAAGUCUAUCGCCCUUCGUAUCAGUGUCUCGCCGCCUCCCGCUCAUCCCGCUGCCUUCCCGGCGUGUGGGAAGCGGGAGGAAGGCUGCCAUGCACAACUCUCGCCUUCACGUCUCGCACCAAGCACCGGAUCCCUUGGUAAUUCCCUCAACACGUCCUCUUCUUGAAAAUCCAAUCCCUUUCCCUCUCCUUUUUUUCCCUCUCCUUGAAAACUCUAAGAUAAUUCUCUUCCCUUUUCUUGAGAACCCCGGCUUAUCUUCUUUACCCGAAAACCCCAGAUCACUUUCUCCCCCCUUCCCCUUUUCCUUCCCUCCAUCUCCCUUCCCUCUCAUCCUCAGCUCUCCAAACAGACAUUCUUCUUUAAAACCCCCAGAGAAACUACCCAAAAUACGCUCCCUUAAUUUCCUCUUCCCCAAACUUUCCCAGACCAACUACUGUUAUCCUUUCUUCUCCCUUCAUCACCUCCCAAAAUUUCCAAACAUUUUCCCUUCCCCUUUCCUGCAUUCCUAAAACUCUUAUAACCCCAUCACCAAUCCUCAUCGCCAUUUCCUCUCCCUUCAAGACCCUAGACAUUUUUCUCUCUUACUCCCAGAACAGACCAUCGCCCAGUCCCCUUCCCUUAAUAUAUAUAACAAGAAGCAAAUGGGCCUUCAUGUAGUGGAGAUUAAUCUUUGUACUGUUGGAAUUUUUGCGCCUGUGUGCCAUUUCUUUCCAAUCGUGCGUGUUUGCGUGUGUGUGUAUGUGUGUGUGUAUGUGUGCGUGUGUGUUACGUUAAGUGUUCGUUCGUACGUUACUCAGACUUCUGGGGGCGGCAGUGUUUCAGAACCUCCUGCAAAUUGAAAGGUAACAUUGUGAUAUCACCCGCCACUCAUAAACUCCCAUGGACCCACAAACCCAACCGAACCCAACGCCACAGUCACUCCUUGUCUCGGGUACCUCAAGGAGUCAUGAAGUUUGUUGCACUAGUGUCCCGCGCGUGGCAAAAUGACUUUUUUGUAUUAGACUAGACCGGAAACUUUUUUAUAGUCAGAAAUAUCACCUUUUUUUUUCUCAUUCUCGUCUUAUUCUGGACUUCUUUUUUUGCGGAAGGACAAGAGAAAGGCAGGUGAGGAGAACUGGGAGUAAAGAGAGGUGUGAGUGAAAGGAGUGAGUGAGUGAGUGGGAAAGAAAGAGACGAGGCAGGUAAAGAAGACAGGGGAGAAAGACGAGGCAGGUGCGGAAGAGAAAGAGGCUUGAAAGAGGUACUGGAGAGAGCUGAGUGAGUAAGAGAGUGAAGAAGAGAGUGAAAGAGAGAGAGAGAAGGGGAUUGGAAGACUAAAAAAAUUGAAAGAAGACAAUAAAAAAACGUUCUUGUGAAGGGAAGAAAGAGAAGAAAUCAAAGGAAAAAUAAGAAAAAAAUAAGGUGACGAAGAAAAACGAACAAAACAAGGAGAACAAAUCGACGACGAAGGAGACGAGAAAGACGAAGAAAAUAAUGAUAACAAUGAUAAUAAUGAACCUUUUAACAGCUUCACUCGUUAGUACUGCAAAAGAGACGCUCGAGUGAACACUGCUGGGUGAUUGAAAGGAAAAAGAAGAAAUUCAAGUCCUUCCUAUUUUAGAAUUUUCAUCCCUUUGCCGUGUAAAUGACGAUGAAUAGAAAUAACUAGAAUAAUGAAAUGAGAGAGAGAAUGAAUUGUCAUGUGAUGGUGGAAGUGAUGGUGAUAGUGAUGAUUGUGUGGAUGUGUAGUUACGUAGUGUGAAGAGGAAUGGUGAUAGUGAGAGAGGAAAUGAUGAUGAUAGCGGUGAAGGGAAUGUUUGUAUGGUGAAAUGGUGAUGAUGAAAGAAGGAAUGAGAGUAAUGAUGUGUGGUAGAAAGUAUGUGUGUAGUGUUGUGAUGGUGAAGAAGAGAGAAGGAAAAGUUGUGGUGUGGUGGUGAUGAUAGUGAAGGAAGAGCGCUUGUGUGGUGUAGUCGUGGUGAUGAUAAUGAAAAAAAGAGUGAUGUCAUAGUGGUAAUUGUGACGGAAAGAAAUGUUAGUGAUUGUGGUGAUGGUUGUGGUGAUGAUGAGGAAUGUUAAAUAUGGUGUAGUUGUGAUGAUGAUAGGGAACUUUUAAUGUAUUGUGUGGUGAUGAUAGUGAAGAGGAGAAAGGCAUAUGUGUGAUGAAGUGGUGAUGAUGGGGGAGAUAAAAUGAUGAUACUAGUUAUGAUCAUUGUCAUUUUUAGUGGAAAUCAUGAGAAAAUUUCCUUGAGAAUGAAAAUAUGAUGAAAAGUUAAAGAUGGUGAUUAUGAAAAGGAAGACAAGUAUUAUGAAAGUGAUGAUGUAAUGGUGAUGAUCCUGAUGGUGUUGAAAUGGUGGUGAUUUUAGCAUUGAUGGUGAUGGUGAAGAUGGUGAUAUUGAUGUGAAAGACUCAUAAAUGGAAAUGAAGUGCUUGAGAUGUUUUUUGCUGUAAUGGUGAAGACUUAAUGGUGGUGAUGGUGAUUAAGUCAACAUGAACGGCAUAUAAAUGAAACUGAAGUGAAAUGGUGAAAAUAGUAAAGUUAAUUGCGUGUGAUGGAGAGAUUUAAGUUAACGUGUACAGCAUAAGAAAACCGGAGUGAUGAAAAUGGUGAGGGUGUUCAAAUUAGUAGUGAGUGAUGACGGCGGUGAUGACAGGUGGUGAUGAAUGAUAGUGAUGCGAGUUAUCAUGAACGGUAAUUUUUCAUCAACAAAAGCAUUAGGGAGAAAAAAAAUAGAAAAAGAAAAAAGAAAACCCUUUGUGUAAUACUCGUAUAUUUUUUUCAUGACACUUACCAAAAGCUUCGUCACUUGAAAGGAAGAAAAUAAAAAUAGAAAUAAAGUAAACAAAAAAAAAAAAAAUACGAUUAUCAAUGGAAUGUGUCCGUAAACUUAUCAACUUCAGUAAAUAGAGAGAGGAGAGAUUUUAAAGGCAAAUAAAUAAAUAAUAAUUACAGGCUAUAACUGUAAUUUGUAUUUUUAUAUGAAAUAGCUAGCAAUUCAUUAAUCUUUGUCGCUUUGUAACAGCACACAGCUUUACACCCUUCCCUCUCUCCCCUCCCCCUCCCCCUCUCUCUCCCUCACUCCCAAUCUCUCCCCUUCCCCAACCCAUCUUCUCCUCUCCCAUUAAACAAUCUUUUUUUUUUCUUUUCUUUUUUUCCUACUCCUCCUUCCCCUCUCCUCCUCUUCUCACCCUCCCAUUCCUCCCAUUAAAAUCCUUUUCUUAUUUGUUUUCCCUUAUCUUUUUCUACGUCUAAUACAUUUCUUAAAGUUUUAAAUUAGCUUCUUUUAUCUCCCUUCAUUUUUUCUUGACUAUUUUAAGUUUGCGAUUACUGUGUCUUUACUCUCUUUAUCCCAGACAGCUUGCUAAGGGACAAAGGGUCUGCUGCUGUAUGUGUUCGAUUUUUUUUCUUCCUUUUGUCAGAUCUUUUUUUUUCUUCAUAACAUUUCGUGUUUAAUUUUACUACUUUUGAUUUUUUUUCUUCAUUUUUCUUUUUUUUUUUCAUAAUUUUCAGCUUCUCAAACAUUUCCUUGCCUGGCGUGUGGGGAGGAAUCGUUCAUGCCACGCCUCUCUCUCUCUCUCUCUCUCUCUCUCUCUCUCUCUCUCUCUAGUAAGAAGUUUUUAUUAAUAUUUUUUAGAAUCUAGUAUCUCUCUCUCUCUCUCUCUCUCUCUCUCUCUCUCUCUCUCUCUCUCUCUCUCUCUCUCUCUCUCGACGCACGGUAUGUACCCCACAGUAUGUUUACGAACCAGUCACUCACCACAUCCUUUCACUCACUCACUCUCUCUCUCUCUCUCUCUCUCUCUCUCUCUCUCUCUCUCUCUCUCUCUCUCUCUCUCUCUCUCUCUCUCUCUCUCUCACACACAAACACACUAAGAAUUUUUUAUUAUUUUUUUUUAGAAUCUAGUAUAUCUUCCUUUAUUCUCUCUCUCUCUCUCUCUCUCUCUCUCUCUCUCUCUCUCUCUCUCUCUCUCUCUCUCUCUCUCUCUCUCUCUCUCUCUCUCUCUCACUAGUAAGAAGUUUUUAUUAUUUUUUUUAGAACAUAGUAUAUCUUCCUUUAUUAUCUCUCUCUCUCUCUCUCUCUCUCUCUCUCUCUCUCUCUCUCUCUCUCUCUCUCUCUCUCUCUCUCUCUCUCUCUCUCUCCCCUUUCAGUAGCAGCAGUGCGCGUAAGUAAAGAGCGCGCCAGUAACUCGUAUAUCAGCUGAUCUGAAGGGAGGGAGUCUGUCGAGGUUUGCGAGGCGAGUUGGGAAGAGUCAACACGCGGGCAAGGGGAGACGGGAGCUAAAAGGAGCUAAUACAUUAACAAACGUUCCGAGUUUAUAUUGUCCCUUAUCGCAGAAUCCACAAAACGAAGGAGGAGGAGGAGGAGGAGGAGGAGAAGAAAGGAUUAGUCUUGUAUUUCACUGCUUCUUGCUCUCUCUCUCUCCCUCGCGUUCGUGUUUGGUUGAAAUAAUACGAGGGAUGAGGAAAUAUAUAAAUAGAAGUGGAAUUAAAUGGUAUUAAAGGGUUAGAAUUAUGAUUUCUUGUCAAAAAUGGAAUCCACAGACGGAGAAAAAGGAUCAGUCUUUCAUUUCGCUUCCUCCUCGCUUCCGUGUUUGGUUGAAAUCAUCUGAGUGAGGAAAUGUAUAAAUAGCAGUUAAAUUAAAAGGUUAGCUGCGAUUUCAAGUCAAAAAUUCAAUCUGCAAACAGAGAGAAAAAAAAAAGAUGUUUUGCAUUUUACUUCUUCGCUUUCGUGUUUGUUCGUGUUUGGUUAAUAUAAUCUGAGGAAUGACGGAGUAUAAAUAGUAGUAAAUUAAGAGAUAUAUAUAAAGGUUAGAAUUAAGAUUUCUUGUUCAAAAUUGAAUUCAUAAACGGAGAAAAUAAUGAGUCUUGCAUUUCACUUCCUCCCGUUCGUGUUUGGUUGAAAUAAUCCGAGGAAUAAAUGAACAUAUAAAUCUUUUUAAUAAAUGGACAUAUAAACUAAAGCAAAGUAAAACAUGUUGAAAUCGCGAUUCAUCGUUAAAAAUUACACCAACGAGGAGGAAUUAACGUAAACGGACGUAAAUAUAAUCCUAAAUUACGGUGAGGUGAGAGAAUAGAUUAAUUACGAGGGAGAAACAGGUAAGCGUAACAAAAAUACAUUCCGGGAAAGUAGAAUAAGUGAUUAAUUAAUGUAGAAUUGCAAAACCGCGCGAACCCAAAACGUAGCGAGGAUAUAACUCAUUCUAGCUAUUUGAAUUCAAUAUUUAUUCGCGUCUCUCCUCCUCUUUCCUCCUCUUCCCCUUCUUUCCCACCCUCGCCCUCUCACCCUUCUCCUCUUUCCUCCUCCCUUCUUUCCCUGCUUCACCUGUCUGUCUCCGUCGCACGUUCACUCACCUCCCUUCUCUCCUUUCCUUAGUUUUCUCUCACGUAAAUCUCCCUUCUCUUCUUUCCCUUCUUCUCUUUCCCUCAUCUACGCAUCUCACAGUCUCUCCUCCCUCUCUCCCUCGGUCUAGCCUCUCUCCCUCGCUAGCCCGAACUCUCUAAUAUCACGAGGCAGGCACAUCAUUUACUUGGGCGGUGCUCGGCUCACCCCUAAAUAACCUGCCACGAGAACGAUUCCAAGCACGAGAUCAAUGCGUUUGUAAUUUGCGGCGGCCUCCUCCUCCUCCUCCUCCUCCUAGUCUCUCUUUCUCUCGCUCUCUCCCUCUCUCGCUCUCUCGGUCUAGACUCACUAUGUUUACCACAGCAUGUUUACGAAUUGUAGUUACCAUGUUUCUCUCUCUCUCUCUCUCUCUCUCUCUCUCUCUCUCUCUCUCUAUGGGCAACAUUUACUACCCACUCUACCUUCCUUAUUCACUCUCAAAUCCCAGUAACCUCUUCCAUUUCUCUCCCAGCUCCCCCUCUCUCCCUUCUCCGCCUCCUCUUCCCCACUUCCCCUGACUUACUCCAGGCCUCUUAACUACCUCCAGCAUGCCAGGCCGUGAGUUACUGCGUGGUGAACGAGGUCUUCCGUCACCCACCUUGUUUCUUUUGUGCUCCGUGUUUUACUUAACCCUCACAGCAACUCCUCGCUCCUUACAGCACCUCACUCCUCACUCCUGGACUCCUGUUUAUUUUUUUUUCUCACUUUCUAUUCACUCCUGUUCCUUCUGACUCCUCACUUCACCUUAUUUUUCUUCUUCCCUUCCUCACUCCUCACCGUCUCUUCCUCCUCACCAAUCCUCUUCCUCCUCCACUUCCUCCUCUCCCACCCCACCCAAGUCUUGUUUAUCUCCUAGCUCUGCACUGCCUCUGUAUCGUUCUUUUCAACGGGAUCGCGUGAAGGUUAGGUGCUACAGAUGUGUUUAACUUAGGUUGGGUUGGGUCUAGUUGGGUUGGGUUGGUUAGGUUCGGUUAGACUGGAUUGGAUUAGGUUAGGUUAGGUUACGAAUUUGGGCUAAUUUUGUCUAAACGUGGUCUGAUCUAACCUAAUCUUAAUUGAUGAAGCUACAACAAUAUUCAGGUUAGUCUAGGUUAGGUAGGUUGGGUUAGGUUGGGUCAAAUAAGAGGUUAGGGUACUAUCUUGACUGUUGUACAACGUAACGUAACCGAAACUAAACUAGUUGAGGUUAAAUGAGGUUAAGUUAGGUCAGGUUAGAUUAGGUUACUGUUUUCACUUAACCCACCCAGAAUGCAUCAAUGGCGUCUAACCUUCACGCAGUCCACUCAGUGUUUACUGUAGCCGUGGAUAUGGAGGUUUAAAAAUGUCUUCUGUGUGAUUCUUCAUUGCCUGUCCUUCUCCAGUUGCAUUACACUAUCAUGCCGACGCUCACUGUAGUCUUAUGUCCAUUCUAAUUGUUACCGAGUCGAGGCGAGGGUUUGAGCCGGGCGUGUGUCCUCAGGCGUGUGUCCCUCGAGUCACGGGACACUGCAGAACACUCGGGGACACUCAAAAGGACCGUAUUCCCAAACGUUUCAGUGGUUCAUCUGGGUUACUUUCAACUGGCGCUUGGAUUUGGUUAUUCUGUCUUUGAUUCUGUUUAGAUUGGCAUCUUCAAUUGGUCUUCUUAUGUAUGACUUUUGUUGCCCAAUGCCGAAGCUCAUCCUGCAUAAAAAAUAAAAAAAAAGGCUCUAGUAGAAGUUAGUAUUUUCUUGCUAUUUUCGUAUUUUCAAGGUGUUUUCAUGAGUCUAGUGAUAGUUCAAUGAUUAAUCUCGACUGCUUUCAAAAGAGACUAGUGGAAAUCCCUGUUUUCCUGUUUUUUCUUUGUCUUUUCAAGGGUGUUUUCAUGAGUCUAGUGAAAGUUUAAGAGCCACUCAGCACCACUAGAAGGAAAACACCCAGGAGAACUUGACUUAAUUAUCUCCGUGGCCUUUGAAAAUAGCCCUGAUGAGAAGGAGAGAGAAACGCUUAAGAAUACGGUGCCAAUAACCUAAGUGCCAAGUAAUCAGAGCCACGCGGCAGCUCUAAAUGGUGCCACAUGUAGAAUUUAAGGGGAAAGACGAGGUAUUUUAUUAUUAUUUUUCGACUCAAGCACUUGGUCGACUUUCAGCAUGCCAUCGACAGCUUCGUGAUUAAACCUUCCCAAUGCGGAGGCUGGAAAAAUAAUGAAAAAAACAACAAUAACCGGCUCAGUUUCCCUUCAAUAUUAACGUUUUUUUUUUUUUUUUUUUCCACGGGGAAGGAAGGAAGGAAGGAAGGAAGGAAGGUUGGUUGGUCGGUCGGUCGGUCGGUCGGUCGGCACUCCAUCCCCACUCCACUCUAUUCCGCUCCGUCGUUACUGCACAAAAAAAGGACUUAAUUCGUUUCUCCUCUAAUUACGCUGAUGUCCGGUACUUAUAUUGUCUCAUUACUCUGAUUAACUCCUGUCAUAUGUGAGUUCUCGCCUUCAGAACGCCGCCAGACACUCUUACCACGCCCUGUUGGUAUUCGCCCUACAAAAGAACGUAAGAGGAGCAUAGGAACACAAUGGAAGCUGCAAGAAUUCAGCAUACCGGAAUAAAACAUGAGUAACUAUUUACAUUUCAUCCCUGUUUAUAAAUUUAUCGAAUAUUUUACACGUCAUAGCCGCCGGACGGUCAUUGUUAAGUCUUACAAUCAUUUAUCCAACAAAACACCCCAAGAAAAUAAUGAAUUAAAGUAAGCUACAAGAAGUAUUACCUACACGUGACAUUCCCUGCGUAAAACAUUAAAACUUAAACAUACAUACCCCGACCUAACAUCACUAUCCAUAAAUAUAUAGGAAAAACAUGAGGGGAGCUGCAGGAGGUCAACUAUACCAGCUUAUACCAGCCUAUACCUAUCUAUCACACGGGAAACUGCAAAAAGUCAGUUAAUAUAUCUAUACGUGGCAUUCCCUCUGGCAUUUCUAGCAUAUCCAGAGCCACACACCCAGCUCUCAUCCGUAUCCAUAAAUCUAAUCUCUUGCACACCAGCGCCCUUACAGAAUCGUAAUGCUCUUCACUGAUACAUUAAAGUUUUGAAUGACUCGCUCACUUCCCGUGGAUCCCAAUUAAAGGUUUUUAGGAUUCUACCGGUCCUUAAUGGCAUCCAAUCCUCUUAGCGCUCCCCUCGUGCCUGGAUAAAAGAGCGUAGUUAGUGUGUCUCGCGUAAUCUUUUCCUUCCCCAACCCGUGCCAGCUCAGUCCCGUCGCAGCGUGGCACUCACCUCCUUCCUCCCUCUCUGUGACUCCCCGGUGGCCGAAGUAAGAUCGCACUGGUUUAGUUGAAGGUGGUGAUGUUAAUUUGUGUUUUUCUUCAUUUGGUAAAGGUUUCGGUGUUAAUUAGGGUUUUCUUCAUUAAUUAGAGGUGGCGAUGUUAAUUUGGGUCUUCUCUUCACUAGUUAAAGGUGAUGUUAUUUUUUUUUUUUUUUCUUCAUUAGGUAAAAGUUUCGAAGUUUGUGUUUUUCCUUUCUUCAUCAGGUAAGUUCGAUGUUAAUUUGUUUUUACUUCAUUACUUCAUCAUUCUCCUUCAUUUGUGUUUUCUAGUCAUUAUUUCAUUCGAUUUUUAAUGUAUAGGAAAAGUAAUGAUUUUUGUGCUUUGAAUUCAUUACUUAACUUUAAUUUUACUCUCUCCUAUGAUUACUUAAUUUUUAACACAGAGAAGAAAUUAAUCAUUAUUUUGAACUCAAUUUCCCUUCAUUUUAUAUCUCUGUUACUAAUUUGCCCAUUUUUAACCGUAGACAAGAAGGAAAUAUAAAACAAGAGUCCCACAAACUUGUACCCGCUACUAUGGAAAGGUUCUAAAAUUUUGCUGCUAAUUACGAAAGAAAUACUUCAUAUAAGUCUCCUAAAUUGAACAUAAGAACAUAAGAAUGGAGACUACAAAAGGCCGAUUGGCGUGCACUGGGCAGCUCCUGUACUAAUCAUGAACGUCCAAUCUUCCUAUUACUACCGGGAACUAUGGAAAUUCAGAUGAUUUUACUGUUUUCAACUUCGUUACUUUACGAUUCUCCUUCAUUUUACUUCCGUCAUUACUUAACCAGUUUCUUAGCAAUAGAGGACUACAAGAGUCUCUCAAAUCUAUUCUCGCCUCGACGGAAAGGUUCUGAAGUUUGUCGCGCACCAGUCUGGCAAUGUUCUCGUCGCCGCCAGACACACCCGGCCCCGCCACAGCGCCGCGCCUCGCCCCCGCCUCCGCCUCCUCAUCGUGUCGGAGUACAAAGUGAUAAUUCCGCAGCGUGUUUCGGAGGAAUGUUAUACUACGUGAAAAUAAAUAAAUAAAAAGGAGAUAUUUUAUAUGUACGUUUAGGAAAUGAGAGAUUGGUCGUGAGAGAAAUGGUCGUGUGAAUAUUAGCAACUCUAGUUAUUUACUUCUUCUUUCUGUUUGCUUUAUUUUUUUUUCAGAUGGGGUUGACUGUAUUGUUUGAAUAUGGUUACGUCAGUUAGAUUAUCUAGUUAACCUAACCUAAAAAAAACCUUGUUACUAAAUUUUGUUGGGUAAUCUCAUCUAACUUGACCUAACGUAUCCUGCACUCACCCACAAGUUUCAGGGCUAGGUUAGGUUAAAUUAAUUCAGUUAUUACCUAUAUAAGCUAACUUUACCUUGACCACCAAAAAAAAAAAAGGUAACAAGGCUAGAUUUCGUUAGAUUAGGCCAAGUUAACUAAACUAAUCUAUUCUAACAUAACCUAUCACACCUCAUAACUGGACUAAGGCCAAAUUAACUAACCUAACCUGACCUUACAUAUCCCACCAUAAACAUAACCAAAGUUGCUAAUCUCCACAUGACAAAAAAAAAAAUAAUAAUAAUAAUAAAAAUAAGCUCCACGUAUGUAGACUUAGAACUUUUAAAAGCAUUUCACUUCAAAAUAAAAACUAAACUAAAAAACUUAUCAAGCCGUCUUUACUGUGUGUCAAAACGCCAACUACAUAAGUACCGGUUUAAUUAUUCAUUGUUUACGAUAGGAGAAUAUUAUUAUAGUAGUAAGUAAGGGAAGCAUUCAUUGCCCGACCUGUGGGGCAGCCAAGCAUAUCUGUACGGUUAAUUAAUCUUGUAAAUAAAGAAUAUGUUCGUAAUAA